UAAAGGUAGUCCUCGACUUACAACCACAAUGGAGCCCCGAAUUGUCCAUUGGUGAGCAAGGCAGUUGUUGACUUUGGCCUCAUUUUACGACCGUCUUUCUUUAACCGUAGUUGUUAAGUGAAUCGCUGGCGUUGUUCACUUAGCCACAGGGUCGUUAAGCGAAUUGGACUUCCCCCCUCCCCCUCCCAUUUGAUUUUGCUUUUCUGAAGGUCGUAAAAGGGGAUCAUGGGACACACAACCCCGGACGCUACGACGGUCAUAAAUACAAGUCAGUUGCCGAGCGUCUCUGGAUUUUGAUCACGUGACUGUGGGGAAGGCGGCAACGGUUGUAACUGUGAAAAACCGUCAUGAGUCACUUUUUCCAGGGCUGUUGCAACGUUGAACUGUCCCUAAAUGAACCGUUGUAAGUCGAGAACUACCUGUAUAGUCCCGUGCACUGAAACGUGGACCAGAAACCAAAAUGUGAUAUUGUGUGUUUUCUCUGGGAAAGGGAUCAGAAGUGGGAUUCAGCCAGUUCCCACCGGUUCGGGCAAACCGGUAGUGGCGAUCGCAGGUGGGCCUGCCCACCCGCCCCGUCUUCAAGUCGUGCUAUUCAGGCACAUUUUCGAGGCUCGGCACAUGCGCGGAAGGCGUGCGAACGAGCAAAACGCAUGCGCGGAAGGAGAACCGGUAAUAGAGGUUCUUGGAAAUCCAGACGAUGGCCCAGUUUAACCAGUUUGGGACAACUACCUUGCAAACCUGGAUCCUUUGAAAGAAGACCGUCUGAUCUGCUGCAUUCCCAGCCAUGUCGGAACCCAUAACGCUGAAUGUUGGCGGGAAGUUAUACACGACCUCCCUCUCCACUUUGACCAGCUUUCCGGACUCUAUGCUGGGUGCCAUGUUCAGUGGGAAGAUGCCCACCAAAAGGGACAGCCAAGGCCACUGCUUCAUUGACCGAGACGGCAAAGUUUUCCGCUACAUCCUCAACUUCUUGAGAACUUCUCACCUGGACCUUCCCGAGGACUUCCAAGAAAUGGGCCUGCUUCGGCGAGAAGCGGACUUUUACCAGGUCCAACCACUCAUUGAGGCUCUACUGGAGAAGGAAGUGGAGCUCUCUAAAGCUGAGAAAAACGCGAUGCUGAACAUCACUUUGGAUCAAAGGACACAAACGGUUCAUUUCACCGUCCGGGAAGCUCCUCAGAUCUACAGCUUGUCCUCUUCUAACAUGGAGGUGUUCAGCGCUCACAUCUUCAGCACUUCCAGUUUGUUCCUCAAACUCCUGGGCUCCAAGCUUUACUACUGCUUCAACGGCAACCUGGCCUCCAUCUCUACUUAUUUAGAAGAUCCCUACCACGUCACCUUGGAUUGGGUGGCCAGCGUGGAAGGUCUACCCGAAGAGGAAUACACAAGGCAGAACCUAAAGAGGCUGUGGGUCCUUCCCACCAAGAAACAAAUUAACAGUUUCCAGGUUUUUGUGGAGGAAGUGCUAAAAAUUGCCAUGAGUGAUGGGUUUUGUGUAGACUCCACUCACCCACACACGACGGAUUUCAUGAACAAUAAGAUUAUUCGGCUGAUCCGGUACAGAUAAGACAUAGAACCGGUUUUCUGUCAACGCUGCGACGUGUCACCGGCUCACAGCCUGGAGCUGACUUCGCAAACCAUGGGCUAAUCCAAACCUUGGUUCUAACUGGAGAAGGCCUUCACUAAAAUGACUAACCCAGAUGUGCUAAAACUAGAAAACAGGGAUGUGAUGAAUUUUUAUGUGGGAAGUACGUAGGCGUCUUGCUCCGUAAAAAUUCGCCGUUCACCUUGAAGGAAAAUCAUUAGGAAACCCACUAAGAGGUGGUCCUCAGUUUAUAACCAUACAGGUAGUCCUCGACAUAACAACAGUUCAUUUAGUGACUGUUUCAAAGCUACAGAGUCCUUUUGCGACCUUCUGACAAGCCAGGUCAGGUGGCGGGGAAACCAGAUUCGUUGAACUAUCAGGUUACUAAUUUAAGAACUGCAGUGAUUCACUUAACCAAAGUGGUGAGAAAAGUCGAAAAUGUCUCACUCGGCAGCAUCAGCUGUGGUCGUAAAUUGAGGACACUUAUAAUUUCAAACGGUCAUUAAACAAAUGGUUGGAGGUCAAGGAAUAACUUUAUGAUAUUUUUUAUACUUUAUGAUGAACUGCGGUAGGCGCAGUGGUUAGAAUGCGGUACUGCAGGCUACUUCUGCUGACUGCCGACUGACUGCAAUUUGGCAGUUCGAAUCUCACCAGGCUCAAGGUUGACUCAGCCUCCCAUCCUUCCGAGGUCGGUAAAAUGAGGACCCAGAUUCUGGGGGGCAAAAUGCUGACUCUGUAAACCACUUAGAGAGGGCUGUAAAGCACUGUGAAGCCUAUAUAAG